AUGGUAAACUGCGCGGCUUGUAAUAAAACUAUAAGGGGAAACCAACUAAUGAAAUGCACAAAGUGCGAUUAUCAAUACCACCCCUUGUGUGUUAAUAUAUCCGAGUAUCGUAAGAUUACAGAGAUAACAAGAUCAACAUGGAUAUGCCCACAGUGCCGCUGUGCGACGCCAAAAACCGAUAACACGAACAAACCCAUACGCUCACCCGUCUGCAACGAAGAUAUCGACAGCUGUAGUCCAGUGGUGGUUGAAUCACCCUCUUUGGCAGCAAACUCAUGUCAGUUAUCUCUGCUGGCUUCGGAAAUAAAAUUACUUCGCGAAGAUGUAGGAGAAUUAAAAGCCCACCUCAAGUCACUAACUGAUCACUUGAUGCAGUGCAAUAUACGACUAGAUGACUAUAAAAUCAAGUUAUCGCGAGCAGAGGAUAAAACCCGCGCGCUUGAAAAAAAUGAAUCGGAGGUCCUCAGGUUGAAUUCUACUAUUGAACAACUUAACCAGGAAAUUAAUACUCAAGCACAAAUUCACCUAAAGAACGAAGUUGAAAUCACGGGCAUAACAGAAACCACCAACGAAAUCCGAUGA